UUCAUUUAUUAUCAUUUAACACAGUGUAUAUGUCAAUUAUAGUAUAGUAAUUUAUCAUUAUAAUAGUGGCAUUGCUUGGUAUGUUAAUUUAAAAGCACUUCUUUCCUUCCGCGCUGGCUGUUGUUGGUUCGGAAGCCAUAUUGUUCGUAUACGAUGAGCAUAUCACCUGAUGAAAAGAAAAAAUUCGGCCUGUAAUUGAACAAAGCAUAGAAGAAAACAUUGGCAGGUGCCCAGUCUCAUUCUUGAUGCGUAGAUUUCCAGACUUCCAGGCAUUCCUAAAUUUCUGAAGGAACGAAAAUGAUUCGCUCAUUGACAAUGACAACUCCUAAGAGACUGAGAGAUCUCAUCCGAGAAAUUCGCUCAGCCAGAACAGCUGCAGAUGAGAGGGCAGUGGUGCAGAAGGAGUGUGCGGCCAUCCGUGACUCCUUUAGGGAUCAAGAUAAUACUUACAAAUGUCGAAAUUUAGCCAAGUUACUGUAUAUUCAUAUGUUAGGAUAUCCUGCCCAUUUUGGCCAGUUGGAGUGUAUGAAACUGAUAGCCUCCCCCAAGUUUACAGAUAAGAGGAUAGGUUACUUGGGUGCCAUGUUGUUAUUGGAUGAAAGACAAGAUGUCCAUCUGCUGGUCACCAAUUCACUGAAAAAUGACUUGAACCAUCAGACCCAGUAUAUUCAGAGUUUAGCACUAUGUACACUUGGAACAAUUUGUUCAGUGGAAAUGAGCAGAGAUUUGGCAGGAGAGAUUGAAAAAAUGAUAAAGUCUUCAAAUGCCUACAUCAAGAAAAAGGCUAUCCUUUGUGCCCUUUGCAUCAUCCGUAAAGUGCCAGACCUGAUGGAGAUGUAUAUUCCGGCUACACGUUCCCUUCUGAACGAGAAGAAUCACGGAGUCCUGCUGACGGCUGUAUGUUUGAUCACAGAGAUGUGUGAGAAAAGCCCCGACACUCUACAUCACUUUAGAAAGGUGGUUCCAAAUUUGGUCCGAGUUCUCAAAAACUUGAUCAUGGCCGGUUAUUCCCCAGAACAUGAUGUGUCAGGGGUUAGCGACCCAUUUCUACAGGUAAAAAUCCUUCGAUUGCUGCGAAUUCUAGGAAAGAAUGACACUGAUGCUAGCGAGACAAUGAAUGAUAUUUUAGCACAGGUUGCCACCAACACAGAUACGAGUAAAAAUGUUGGCCAUGCCAUUCUGUAUGAAAUUGUCCUAACUAUCAUGGGGAUCAAGUCAGAAGCUGGGCUGAGAGUUUUAGCUGUCAAUAUUCUUGGAAGAUUUCUUCUUAAUAAUGAUAAAAAUAUAAGAUAUGUGGCAUUAAACACACUCCUGAGGGUUGUACAUGCGGACUACAAUGCAGUCCAGAGACACAGAACAACCAUCAUGGACUGUCUGAAGGACCCAGAUGUUUCUAUAAGAAGACGUGCCAUGGAACUCUCAUUUGCCCUAGUCAAUGCAGGAAACAUAAGAGCAAUGAUGAAGGAACUGUUACAGUUCUUAGAAACUUGUGACCCGGAGUUCAAAACAGACACUUGUUCCAACAUUGUCCAGGCUGCAGAAAAAUACUCACCAAACAAGAGAUGGCAUAUUGAUACUGUCAUGAAAUUGCUACGCUUGGCAGGGUCCUAUGUUAGGGAUGAUGUAGUUUCCAUACUAAUCCAGCUGAUAGCUGAGACUUCAGAGCUUCACAAUUACACAGUACAACAACUGUUCCUUAUGAUCAAAGACGACAUUACCCAGCCACCCUUGGUUCAGGUGGCCCUGUGGUGUAUAGGAGAGUACGGGGAGAAACUUAUCUCAGGUGUUUGUGAAGAGGACGAAGCCAUUCAGGUGUCUGAGGAUGAAGUGAUUAAUGUAAUGGAGAAGGUCCUAACACAUAACUACUCCACAGAAGUUAGCAGGGAAUAUGCACUGACAUCUUUAAUGAAGCUCAGUUCCCGCUUUAGAACUUCAGCUGGGAGAAUCAAGGCUGUGAUAGACGCAUACGGUGGUUCCACACAUGUGGAACUGCAACAGAGAUCUGUAGAGUACUCCAAUAUUUUUUCCAAAUAUGAUAAUCUUAGAUCAGCUCUAUUAGAACCUAUGCCAUUGAUAGAAGGUAGCAGAAGCAAAAAUGUUUUAGCCAAUAGUGAAAGUUCUUCUGAUUUACUUAAUGAAGAAAGUAUUCCUAAUGGGAUGGUGAACGGUGCAGAGAAAGCCAAAAAUACACUUAAUACAGAAAGCCAGAAUAUAUUAGACUUACUAGAUGUAGGCACUCCAGCUGUAACUUCUACAAACCCAGCCCCAACACCUGCUGGUGGUGCAAAUGAUCUGUUGGAUCUUUUAGGCGGUGUAGCUUCAUUAUCAAAUCCAGCUCCACCUAUGAAGCAGACAAGCACUCCAAAUGUAAUGGAUGAUUUGAUGGGAGGAGAUGGUGAACCUUUCAACCAAAUCAAUGGCAAUGAUGGUCCACAUGGUCUUACAGCCUAUGACAAGAAUGGUCUUAAGGUGGAGUUGACCUGUGAGCGAGACAAUGGCCAGCCAAACGUAACAAUUAUCAAUGUCAAAUCCUCCAAUUCUACAGCUUCAACAAUGUCUGACUAUGUAUUCCAAGCUGCAGUUCCCAAGUCAUUCCAGCUCCAACUGCAGUCACCGUCAGGGUCUACUCUGCCACCAAUGAAUGAUGGGAUAGUUACUCAAGUUAUCAAAGUCAACAACCCACAGAAACAACCUAUAAGGUUAAGGAUCAAAGUGAGCUAUAAACAGAAUGGAAACAGUGUCACAGACGUUGGUGAAGUCAAUUCAUUUCCAUCAACAUUAUGGCAGUGAUGUUGAUAGACUACAGAAAUAAUAUCUACAGUAGAAAAAGGAUUUUCUAUUGGGAACAAGAACUCAUUUUUACAUCUACACACACAGCAUUCCACUAGUGUAUGGUGGUGAAAAUAGACCAAAAAAAACUUACCCAAAGGGUAUUAUGUUGCAGAGAUGAUCUAUUCAUAAUAAUGGCUACAUUUUGAUUAGAAUUGUAGUCAAAACUGAGUGCAAUACUAUGAAGUGCUCUCCAAGAUGAAAACUGUGAUUUAGUUGGAGGCAUCUUCGGAGGGCAAAGUUGGAUUCCAAACUGUGUGUGGAGGAAGAAUAUCCUGUUCCGAGGCCAAGAGCUCUUUCUGUAAAGCUGAUCUGUACUUUGGAAGAGUGAGGAGAUCCUGAUUAUACAGUGCUGUGAGAUAGAUGAAAUAUAUUGUCAAAAACAUUGCUAUUUAUUUACCAUGUUAUCAUUCCAAUGAAAUCUUGUGAUUGUUAAUCUAUUAUUAUUUUUGCUAUGAGUGUAACGUGACAAGUCAUGGAUGACGUGAAUACAUGUGCAAGUUGUGUUUUAUUCAACACAAGACUGUUUUGGAUUGAAUGUGCUUAAAACUAUUUUUGUGAUAUCAUAGUGGAAAUCUAGUGGAAGCACCCCAGGUUGCAUAAUUUUCUAUUAUAGUAAAGAAUUUACAUGUAAUUUGCUAUGAUUUCUUGUAUGAGGCAGAGGUCAGUGUGGAUUUAGUCAUUUUAGUGCUUGAUGUAAAGAAAUAUUUGACAGAGUAGAGUGGUAUGAGAUUGAACAAAGUGCUCAAAAGCUAAGUGAACUUCUAAGUGUAGUGUUUUAAACAGAAAUUGGUUCAAUAUGAAGUAAACAUCUCCUCCAUCCCAUUGGCUCAGCUUUCAACAGUGUAAAGUAAUAACAAUGUUAGUUUUUUUUCCAAAGUGUGAAUGCUUAAAUACCAUUACUAAACAAAAUUAAGAACUCUGGCUUUAUAAUAAUUACAUGCAAACAUGGACAUUAAAAAUGACAAAUUUUAAUAUACUACAUGUCUAAAAUAUUGUGAACCACCCAUCAUACAUAUUUGUUGCAUUUUUGCUGACAAUUGUAAAGGUUUGCGACUUUAUUCUGAAGCACAAAAAUUUCUUAACAUUAAAAUGGAAUUUAGGGGUAUUAUUUUCCUAGCAAAACACCUCUAUGUAACGGUACACAUUGGUAACCAGAUUAUAAAGGAAAUAUACCUAAUAUAUCAGGUGUUUGUAAUUAUGAAAAACAAAUUUGAGGUGUACCAGGUAUAUAAUUAUGAAUGUAACAAAUUUGAUGAUUAAUUUUAAUUAAUAUGUGAGAAGUCUAUGUUUUGGAAAGAUGGCAUGAGGCAUUCCUUAUUUAGAAAAAAGCAUGUGUUCUUCCAUUUUCAUAAUUUUGUAUUCAUCUUUUGAUGUGAAUUUUAAAUGGAUCUUCAGAAUAAUAGGAUAGGUAAUGAUAAAUGUUCAAUAGAUCGAAAAGGGAGGACUAGAUGUACAAGAAAACAAUGGCAUAUGUAAUAGGAAACAGAGAGCAUAAAACAAUUCAUUAUAAGGCAAAAACGACCUGUAUAUUUUUUGCAUUCGAAAGUACCAGUGGUUUACAAAAUGCUAAUUUCCAGGGGUGAUUCAUGAUUUACUUUUUUUGUCACAUUAAAAAUGAGGCAAGAUAGUUUUUAUUGGUUGCUCAUUUCCAAGCACCUGCUUCAUCAAUGGAGUUUUAGGUAGCCAGACAGUCGAAUAUUGAUAUUGAAUGGUUUGACUACCUUUUCUUAGAGUGCAAUUUUGUUCUGUAUUUAUACACGUCAUGAACAAACUUGUUCUGUUCAUUGCCAGAGAAUUCUGUUGUAUGCACAGGAAUGUAUAUGUGAAAGGAAGUGUGUUAAUUACCUGGUAUUAACAGUGAAAUAUAAUUAGGAUCAAUCUUCUGCUUUAAGAUUUGCAUUUGAAUCUGACAGUAUUUUAAAAGAUGAAUGUAAAUUUCUAGGAUCUCUUGAUUGGAUUUAAACAUGCUAUUAUUACUACAUAUAUACUACUCCUUGAUAUCAAAUUCAUGUAUCUUUCCGUCCUAUCUGAAUUUGUUUAAUGCAUAUCUUUAACAGUGUAAGCUCAAAAAAAGUACAUAUACUUGGGUUUUAGAGGUUGCACAAGCUUUUUCAUUAGUAGAGUCUAUGAAGCCUGACUUUAAUUCAUAAAGUUAUUAUUUGAAUUUAAUUGGGCAGAGGCCUUGCAAAAGUAACAAAUUUUUCAAACUAUAUUGUGAAUGAAUGCAAUGUACUGGAUAUUUCUCUUGUGUUUUGUAUGAUUGGGGAUGGAUUUAGAACAAGUUUUUCAUGACCUCAAACCCUACAGGCUUUUAGAAUCCAUCUCAGUAACUUGAUCAAGUGGUAUUACUUUGUAUCUGAUAGUACUCUCCAAAGUAAUAAAGCAUAUAAAUUCA